AUGAGCGAUUCAGAAAUCCUUGCUAAAGCCCUUGAAGCAGCUUUAAUGAAAAUUAACUUGAAAGAAGUUACAGAAAAUUUGAAGGAGAGUGAAAAGAAGCCAGCUUUAUCAAAACGGACCCAAGAUCAAGUUGACUUGACUUCAAAAUACAAUGAUGAGUUCUACGAAAAGUACGCUAAUGAGUACAUAGAAUUCACUUAUGCAAAUCCAACCAUUUUCCAUGUCGUUGACUAUUUUGCCGAAAAAUUGAACAACGAAGGUUUCAAGUAUCUUCCUGAGAAAAAAUCGUGGGAGAGUUUGAAACCUGGUAAAUAUUACACGAUCAGACAUGGUGCAGCAUUGGGGGCGUUUAUUGUUGGUAAAAAUUGGACUGCUGAAAGAGGAGUUGGUGUUAUUGGCUCUCACAUUGAUUCUUUAACUGUACCUUUGAAACCCAAUUCUAGCAAAGAAAAAAUUGAUGGUUAUGAGUUGUUAGGUGUGGCACCAUACGCUGGAACUUUGAAUGAUCUUUGGUUAGAUAGAGAUUUAGGAGUUGGUGGAAGUCUCUUGGUGAGAGAUUCAGCCUCCAAAAGAGUCAAUCAGCAACUAGUCGAUUCUACCCCACAUCCAAUUGCUCGCAUCCCAACGUUAGCACCCCAUUUUGGAGCUGCCUCUGCAAGACCUUAUAACAAGGAAACACAAGCAGUUCCAGUGAUUGGAUAUUCGGGGUCCGAUGACGAAGAAGAAGAAGCUACAGACGAGGAAAAAUCGUCCCCAUUAUACGGCAGGCAUCCAUUAAAAUUAUUGAGAUACAUUUCGUCCUUAGCAGGGGUCGAAGUAUCUGAAAUUCUUCAAUGGGACUUACAAUUAUACGAUGUCCAGAAAGGAACAAGAGGUGGUUUGAAUAAAGAAUUCAUCUUCAGUCCCAGAAUUGAUGACAGAAUCUGCUCAUUUGCAGCAAUUCAUUCUUUGCUCGAAAGCAAUCACGAUGCCCUUGUGGAGUCAGAUUCGUUCUCGCUUGUUGCCUUAUUUAACCAUGAAGAAAUCGGCUCAGGGUCUGCCACGGGCGCCAAGGGCGGAAUCACUGAUCUGAUAAUUUCCAGAGUUUUGGCUUCCCAAUACUUCAACCCCGACGAUUCGCAUACCCAGGAACAAUUAGAGCUAGCAUAUGCAAAUUCUAUUAUCCUAUCUGCCGAUGUCAACCAUUUGUUGAACCCCAAUUUUGCCAGUGAGUAUCUCGAUCACCAUAAGCCUGUCCCAAAUAAAGGAAUUACAAUCGCUGUGGAUCCUAACGGCCACUUCGCUACAGAUGCACCUGGAUUGGCAUUAGCCGAAGAAUUAGCCAGACUUAACAAUGACUCGCUUCAGUACUUCCAGAUACGCAAUGAUUCUAGGUCGGGCUCCUCAAUUGGUCCCUUGAUUUCUCUGCAGACCGGUGCCAGAACUAUUGAUUUAGGUAUUUCACAGCUCUCGAUGCAUUCAAUCAGAGCGACUGUGGGGUUCAAAGAUAUUGGUUUGGGUAUCAAGUUUUUUAACGGGUUCUUCUCCAAUUGGAGAAAAACCUAUGACGGCUACUCUACCCUAUAA